GGCCAUAACAACCUUUUAUCUCCAUCAACCGCGUAGUGAAGCAUGCGCAUCUUCAGAAUUCGCACGGAGUGCGGCCAUGUUCGUCAAGAUGGUCCGGGAUCAGUAUCAGUUUGUGACGCUGGACGCCUUGUGAUACUCGACCCUUGUACAGACAUGAACUUAUCUCGCUUCGGCACAAAGUACAGUUCACUCCUGAUAGUCAAUCCCGAAAUAGCUACGUGCCCGUUUAGUUCUCAAAAGCUUGUCGUUCUCUGUUGACUCUACGUUCCUUCCUGGUGUCACGUUCUUGUCCGCUCAAGGUUGCGGCAAGCUCACCACUAUGUUGUUCGCUACUUCGUCUCUUAUCGUUUCUCUCCUAACCCUUCCUACUUUCGUCACAAGCAGCAACUGCUACUCCCGCAACGGCACCCUCAUAGCCGAUAUUGCCUACCAGCCCUGCUCUUCCUCCGGCGAGUCUGCCUGCUGCGGCACCAACCACGACGGCGCCGGUGAUGUUGGCGUUGCGAACGACGUAUGCGAGACCAACGGCCUAUGCCAAAACUACGAAGGUUUCGAUGGCACGAACGAGGGCGUUAAGUUGUGGUGGCGCCAGGGCUGCACAGAUCCAACGUGGUCGAGUCCAAAUUGUCUCGCAAGCGUUUGCGAUACAGCAGAGUACGAAGACGACAAUGCGCCGGUGUACAGCUGUGGUAAUGGGAACUGGGCGUGUGGAAAGAAGAGCUAUUGCAGCACGAGCUCGAGGUUGUUCACGCUUGCUGCGACAGUAGGGAAAGAGGUUGUUGCGUCCCCAAGCGCAUAUGCGUCCUUUUCCACACCUUCCGCUUCGACAACGGGUUCGAGUAGGGCAUCUACAACAAGUGCUUCGGCAAGCAGUGCAUCCCCGUCAACAACUGGUAUGCCAGUUGUUACGGCGACACCCUCAUCCACUGGGUCCUCCACCAGCACACCGCCGCUUUCGACUCCAGUAGCCAGCUCCUCACUCCUCAGCACCGCAGCAAAAGCUGGCAUCGGCGCCGGUAUCGCCGUCUUCGCGCUUCUGCUCGGCAUCAUCCUCUUCCUCCUACACAAAAUCAAGAAAAACAAGAAACGGCAACAGGCAUGGGGCAAGGCUGAGGUAUCAGGCCAGAACGCACGAGUGGGCGAGAAACCGGAGAUGGUGGUGUAUGCAAGGGAAGCCAGUAGGAGUCCGAUAGAGAUGCCGAGCAACCAAGCGUCGGCGCAGGAGAUAAAUGCACAGAGGAAUAGGAUGGAAUUGCCGACGAUAGAAAGAGCGCAGGAGAUGGGUCAGGGGAGGGAGAGGGUUGAGUUGGCUGCGAGUCCUUCCGUGAGCGGUAGGGGGAGGUAUGCGUAA